CUUUACUCACUCUGGUAACUCACCAAUCCCUCAUAGGAGUGAUAGGCUCACUCACUGCGCCUCCGCAAUCCUCAUCGGUCAUACGCAUUUCCCGUACAGGUUCCCUGACCUAAAUCUGCCAGUGAGUCGACGAUGGCUCAUCUUCAGGCCAUUUCUUCGUGUUCUCGCAUUAAUCCACUUUUCCGAGGAUCAGUGACCAAAGAUUCAUAUAGAUUUGAUGAAAAACCAAGUUAUUCAUGGAAGUCGACUUCAGUACAAGAGAUUGGAGCAAAAACAAGUGAUUUUCUUGGUCAUUCGAUUGUCCAGAGAAGCUUGAAGUUAGCUUUGCCUCCUAAUAAUCAUGCGAUCCAGGCAGUCUUGACAAGUGAUACUGAUAAGCAUACAACAACUGCUGCUGCUGCUGAAAAACAAGUUUCUAAAAAAUUGAAUAAAGUAGUUCUUGCUUAUAGUGGUGGUCUGGACACUUCUGUUAUUGUUCCUUGGCUAAGGGAAAAUUAUGGCUGUGAGGUUGUUUGUUUCACUGCAGAUGUUGGCCAAGGGGAUAUGGAAUUGGAAGGCUUGGAAGGGAAGGCCAAGGCUAGUGGAGCUUGUCAAUUAGUUGUGAAGGAUUUGAAGGAGGAAUUUGUGAAGGAUUAUAUAUUUCCAUGCCUACGUGCUGGUGCAAUCUACGAGAGGAAGUACUUGCUUGGAACCUCAAUGGCACGCCCUGUUAUUGCAAAGGCGAUGGUUGAUGUUGCUAGAGAAGUUGGAGCUGAUGCUGUUUCUCAUGGAUGCACAGGGAAGGGAAAUGACCAGGUUCGCUUUGAGCUUACCUUCUUUGCUCUGAAUCCCGAACUUAGUGUUGUUGCCCCCUGGAGAGAGUGGGACAUUAAGGGAAGAGAAGAUGCUAUUGAAUAUGCAAAGAAACAUAAUGUUCCUGUACCUGUGACAAAGAAGUCCAUCUAUAGUAGAGACAGGAAUCUUUGGCAUCUUAGUCAUGAGGGGGAUAUUCUGGAGGAUCCUGCAAAUGAGCCAAAGAAGGAUAUGUACAUGAUGUCGGUUGACCCAGAAGAUGCUCCUGAUAAGCCCGAGUAUGUAAACAUUGAGAUAGUUGCUGGGCUUCCUGUUUCAGUCAAUGGAAAGGAGCUAUCCCCUGCAACUCUUCUUUCUCAUCUAAAUGAAAUUGGUGGGAAACAUGGAAUUGGCCGUAUAGAUAUGGUUGAGAACCGGCUUGUUGGAAUGAAAAGCCGAGGAGUGUAUGAAACUCCAGGGGGUACAAUACUCUUUACAGCGGUGCGUGAGUUGGAGUCCCUAACAAUUGGCCGUGAAGCAAUGCAAAGGAAGGAUUCCAUUGCGCUUGACUAUGCUGAGCUUGUAUAUGCAGGCAGGUGGUUUGAUCCACUUCGUGAGUCAUAUGACGCUUUCAUGAAGGAAAUUACAAAGACGACAACUGGAUCAGUGACACUCAAACUCUACAAGGGGUCGGUUACAGUGACAGGUCGUCAAAGUCCCUACAGUUUGUACAGGCAAGAUAUCUCAUCAUUUGAGAGCGGGGAGCUUUACAACCAGGCUGAUGCUGCUGGAUUUAUUAGGCUGUAUGGACUCCCCAUGAGGGUUCGAGCAAUGCUUGAAAAGGGUCUCUAGAUCAUGAAUUAACUUGUUUGGUUUCGAAAGUUUGAAUAAUUUUGGCAAGACUUGCUUAGAUGCUGGAUAAGUUUAUGUU